AAGGGGAGUGGCCGGGUCCUGCCCCUGCCCGGCGCUGCCCGCGGGCACCAUGAAUCGCUGCCAGCGGCGGUGCCACCGGCAGCUGCGCAGGGCGAUUCGCUUCUUCUACCACUUGGUCACCGGGACCCUCUCGCGAAAUGCUGGACAUCAUGAAAUCCAUCUACGACAUGAUGGGCAAAUACACGUAUCCAGCCAUGCGUGAGGAGGCCCCCCGGGAGCAUGUGGAGAACUUUUUCCAGAAGAUGGACCGGAAUAAGGACGGGGUGGUCACAAUCGAGGAGUUCAUCGAGUCGUGUCAGAAGGAUGAGAACAUCAUGAGAUCCAUGCAGCUCUUCGACAACGUAAUCUAGCCUCCGCCGGCCCCGCCACCGGGCCAAGCUCCUGCUUCUCUCUCGUCUCUUCCUCCGAGACCCUCCCGUCCUGGCUGCCAGCCCCCCUGAAACGGGCUUGACGGCGCCGCAGGGGAAGGAUUUCGUCUCCGGGAGACACGGUGGCGGCACCUACGAUGAAGGGACCUUCCCUUGCCCUGGGGCUAGCUGCGGCUCGGCCUGCCAUGGGGCAGCUGCUCCUGGGGGCGGAGCGUGGGCACAGCCUGGCAGAAGGCAAGCGCUGUCCCGGGGCAUCUGGGCCCAAACGGACCUUCCUACGCCCAUAGCGGAGAAGCGGAGCUGCCUGGCUCCGGACAGCACCCACCCCGUCCUGCUAGGCCUCCACCGCGCAGCAAGCAGCUCCCGCACCCCGGUUCACAGUGAUCCCCCUCUGGAGGGUUCAGAGCUGGCUCCCUUCCCUCCCUCGUCUCUGGCCCCAGCUCCAGGACGCCAUCUGGAUGGCCUGCGCAUGGGUUCCUCUGUAGCUCCAGCCAUUGCCAGCAGGGGGCGGCAUGUGGCCCACACCCACCGGUUCCAGGUGCUUUCGUCAAACCUGGGCCAGACCCCGUCGCCGUCCAUCACGGGGGCCGUCACCCCGCCCGCGGCGCUGGGGCAGGGAGAUGCCCUCUGCUGCUUCCGCCUUCUCCGAGGCGGGGUUGGCAGAGGGGCAGUGCCCGGAUCCCCUGGAGGAGGCAGGCAGGCUGGGCGCGUCCCUGAGCGCUCUCGGGGUGGUGGCCUGCGUUAGGCGUCGGGAGCAGGAGACUGGGCUGGGCUUGGCCAGCGACAGGGGAAUGAGGUGGCCCCGAGAGCCCGGGGCGGUGAGUGGCUGGGGAAUGGGCCGGGAAGCCUUUCACCAUGAGGCCUCCGUCCCAUCAGGGGCGCUGGGGCAGUGACUGUCGGGGCCGAGCCAGGAGGCGCCGGUCUUGCACCACGUCCCGGCCGCUCGGUGGGCCCCGCGGCUCGUGGCAGAGGGGCUUGGCUGGGAGGGCGGGUUAGCGGGGCGGGCACCGAGCACAGAUGAACUGUGGGGCAGCUUGCCCAGCCUCUCCGGGACCGCUGGGGGCAGCGGGGGCAUCAGGCGCCAGGAAUUCAGCUGGCACUUUGUGCCUGGGUGAAACAUUUCCCUUAAAUCAUCUAACAGAGGGGCCCGGCCCAGGUUAGCCCCAGGGGUAUCACCGGUAGUGUGUGGGGGUGUAUUGGAGAAGCAGAGAGUCCAGUCAUGGCCAGCCUCUUUGACCGUCUCUUCAGUUCCUUGCGCUCUGUUGCUCCCGGGCCCUGCUCUCUGCUGGAUCCAGGCACAACCGGCUUCUUUCCUGCCUGCGGCUCCCCACUGCCACUUCGCUCCGGUCAGUCGCAGCGGGCGGCACGCGGCAGGGCCAGUGGGUGGCUCUGGAGCCUCCCCCGCCCAGCUGCUGAGAUCUCACCCCCCCAGCCCUGAGCAAAGUGGGGCCAAGGCUGCACCCCAGAUGGAGGAAGGGGCUAGGAGCCCAGAGGGUGUCGCUCAGGCACCUGCUGGGGGCCCCUGUGCUCAGGCCGACGUGGGCAGGUGAUGGGAGCCGGGGGGCUGCACAGAGGUCCCAGAGAAGCCCAGAAGCGAGACAACACCAUGAGCUGGGCAGACGAUCGGGUUCGCGCUGGUUGAGGGGGAAGAGCUCAGCAGCCAGCCGGCCGUCUGCCUCAGGCUGACAUGGGGCAGGACAGACUGGGAGCCAGACAGAGCCACGGGGCUUGUGCGUGGCCAGUGCAUGCCCUUCCUAGGCAUCACAGCCCAGCCAGCGCCGCCAGGGACAGCCUGGUCCCUGGGGUCCCUCUGAUGACAGGGGGUGUCAUCCCUAGCGCCCCCGAGGGGCAGCACAGACAUCCCUGAGGAUAUUUUAUCACCAGCAGUGGCCAGUGCCUGGGGCUUCAGAGGAAGAUGUGGCCCCAUCUCCUGCGCUGCACAUGGGGCAGGUGCCUCCGGACCCCGCCUGCAGAUUAGCUCCAGCCCUGGCUCUGAGACGCCACAGCCGCUGUAAUGCUCUCUGCAGACGCGGUUCCUGGUCACAGCGAUGGCCUUGUUGGAGCCGUGCUGGGCCAGCUGCCGUUACAAUCUCCUGCAGCGGGAAGUUCCACAAGUCAAUUGCAUGCUGCACCAAGGCGCUUCCCGGGCUCUGUCCCCCUGUCCCUCAGGCUGGGGCCCGCUCCCCAUUCCUGAUAGCUGAGUGGAGCUGUUCAUCUGGGCAGGGAGGCAGGCUCCACGUGCUCCUAGCCUGGCAGGCCUCGGCAGUGGUGGGAGAGGUGGGUUGAGCGCUGCUGUCAGGGCUGAGGGCUGCGGCACAAGGCAGAGCCAGAGGCAGCCUGGGGAAUCUCCCCGGGGAAGCGGCUCCGUGACCAGGGCCCAUCAGCUGGGAAAGACGGGUCUGCCGGAGCCCAGGGCAGCAGACGGCCCUGGCCAGCCAUCACCACUGGCUUUGUAGGAUCAUUCCCUGCCAAGCCUGCAUGGCUCUCGGCCUGUCCUGCUCUCAGCCUGGGUAUGGGAAGGGGAGCGCUGGGCCCUGUGCCGCUAGAGCUUAGGUGGUGCACGGGGGCAGACAACCCACCCAGCCUGGCCGCCCAAGCUGCAGCCUCUUCGGCAGGGAGCGGUAGCCGAGGGCUGGGCUGGAGCCAUCUUAGCAGCACCCAAGCCGGGGGGAGGCGGGAGGGCUUGUGGGGGCCGCUGCUGAUUAGCAAAGGAAACGCUCCUGGCUGGAGCCGCCCUUUGCAUGGGGCCCUGUCCCUAGAUGGGGACAAACUAGGAGGCUGGCACCAGCCUUGCCCCACAGGUCGCUGGUGCUCAAGCCCCGCAUGCUCUGGGCCCGGGGCAGGACCGUUCCCCUGUGUCCCCUUCAGGGCUUUUUGCAGGCUGGGGAGCCGGGGCUCCCUCCCAUGCCCCGCGAGCCAUUCCCCAGCAGGGUCCGGCUCCUGGACCAUGGCCGACAAUGCUCCCUCAUCCUCCUGCCCCAGAGAUCUCGCUGUCCGGACGGGUUUUUAAUGUUCCUUUGUUCCAUCCCCAGGGCCCAGCUCUCCCCCCACCCCAGCCCCGGCACCCCCCACCCACACAUUCCCACGCCUCUAGCCUGAGCUAGGGCCCCUUUGUGGGUGGGGCCGAGCCUCACUCUCAUCCAGACAGCCCCGCCCCCUUCCACCUGGUGGGGCUGGGGUCGCUCUGUGUUGGAGGGGAGCAUUGUCCUUUCCGCUGCCCUCUUGCUCCUCUCCUGCCCCGUGCGACAGCGUUCAGCGCCAGUGCCCUGCCCCGCCCCUGGCCGCAUGGCGUGUGCCCCACAUCGGGGCGCUGGGCCCCACUAGCCGCUUUGCAUUUUCAACUCUGUAUAUUUUGUAUAAUAACAAUGAUCAAAAGUACAAUAAAAUCCAACCACAGUCGCUAUGCACCA